AUGAAUGUUGGAGAAGCUGCGGAAAUACACCCUAAUGAAGAAGAAAAAAGUCAAAUAACGUAAGCAUGAACGCAUUUGUGUGUCUGCAUAAUAAGUCAACUGGCUAAUGUACUUAAAAAAUUUAAGAAAAAUAAAAUACACUUGUAGAGACUAUGUACAUAAAUUAAAUUCGUUUAUGAACAGAGUAAGUAAUAACGGUCUUUUUUCUCUUCCAAAAUACAGACCAUCGGCUCCAGGUCGCAGAAAAACCAGGCAACCGCAGGUUGAUUUUUUAACGAAGGAGGAAGAAAUAACUGAAGCUAUAAACUCGGAGAAGGUGGUGGAAUACUGCCAAGCUAGGGGACUGCUGCCGUAUGUGGUAAAAUGCCAAUGUGGACGGCCAAUGCGUCAGCAAGUAAUGAGGCUGCACACCGACGGAUAUGUGUUCCGGUGCAGCCGAUGUCGAAAGCGGAAAGCUCUAAGAAAAGGCUCGAUUUUCGAAAGCAGUCGACUGACCAUCAGGACAAUAAUGAAAAUAUGGCUGGCAUUUAUAAGAGGCAUGAGAGUGAAACAGUGCGCUGCGGAUAUCAGAAUAAGUCAUACUACUGCAGUGCAGUGGUAUGCACUUUGUCGUAGUAUCUGCUCCACCGCCCUAAUGAACGAAAGAAAACAGAUCGGCGGUCCCGGGGUUGAAGUACAAGUUGAUGAAUCACUAAUCAGCCGGCGCAGAAGGCAACUUUGGCUAGUAGGUAUGUACGAUACCAGACGAAAGAAAGCACUUUUUGACCAAGUGAACGAUAGAAGCUGGCCAGCUCUGAGAGCUGUCAUAAAGAAGUGGGUGGCCAAAGGAAGUAUAAUAGUAACGGAUGAAUGGAAGGCGUACAAGCGCCUUCCAUCAGAAGGCUAUGAACAUUUUACUGUCAAUCAUGCCAAGCAUUUGAAGGAUCCGACCACAGGAAAACAUAUCAAUACGAUCGAGGCGUAUUGGAAGAGACUAAAACGAAAACUCCACGAAGGGGGACCAGUGUCUGGUCGUGCAAUAUGGGCCCACGUAGAUGAGAUCCAGUAUCGUUUAUGGUUUCGCCUAGACAGCGUUGACAUAAAGCAAGCUUGGGAACUAUUCCUCUCGCAUAUUGCGGAUGCAUAUCCUCUGCAAUAUCUUCCCAAACAGGCCACCUGAAAGACUAAUUUCACAAGACAGUUCAACGACCGUUUGUAAAUUUUUGUAAAUAAACUAUAAUACAUUUAAGUGACCUAUUAUUGGUUAUGGGACGGGCUACGCGCAAGCAUUUUUGGAUAAGCACAUAAGUCACCGAGGAUCCGUUCGACAAAAGAAACCGUUUGGGGAUGUUGGGGAAGCCGAGCGAUUGUGCUCUGGCCGAGAUAAAGUAAACUUAACACAGCUGACGAUCCUUCCAACGCCCGUUGUAUGUUGAGUACCGACAUGUCACAAAAGGCUGAGGUGGUGUAUUCGAAGAAGUAGGUAAGUCACGACGUACGCGUUCGAUAACGGAAACCGUUUGGAGACGUCGAGGGAGCCGAGCGCUUGUGCUUUGGCUGUGUCAAUGGAAAUUAAACACAGCUGACAAUCCUUCAAACGCCUGUUGUACGUUGACUACGGGCAUGGCAUAAAAGACUAAGCUGAUGUAUUUGAAGUAGUAGGUAAGUAAUGGUGCACGCGUUCGAUAAAGGAAACUGUGUGGAGAUGUUAGGAAAGCCGAGCGUUUGUGCUCUGACCGAGAUAAAGUAAACUUAACACAGCCGACGAUUCUUCCAACGUCCGUCCCAUGUUGAGUCCCGACAUGGCAUAAGAGGCUAGGCUGAUGUAUUCGAAGAAGUAGGUAAGUCCUGGCGUACACGUUCGACAACAGAAACCGUCUGGGGACGUUGAGGGAGCCGAGCAUUUUUGCUCUGAACGAGACAAUGGAAAUUAAACAGCCGACAACCCUCACAACACGUCGUGUUGUGAGUACCGACAUGGUACAAAGGUCUAAGCUGGUCUUCCUGAAGUGGUUAAUAAUUUCCGGAAUCUGCUACAGGCGUAUAUUCUAUUUCUUUCUGAAUACCAGUAAAUCAAGGUAAUUUAGGCGAUUACGGGUUUCAGGGCAUGAAUUCCGAGUUUGGCCUCAUUGUGGACUAUAAAUGAGUAAAAGUUGUACCGUUAUUUCUGUGUGUUCGGUCAUAUCAAUUUGCGAUUUAACGUCAGAUAUUUUUUUCGUGUUACUGUGAAUUUAUAAACCAAGCAGGGCCUACUCUAUAGACAAAUGAACGGAGUAGCUAUAGGCUAGCUCAUUGGUCCGCUUUUGGCGAAUAUAUUCAUGGGGAAGUUAGAAGCUUCCAAGCUUCCUCGCCAGAUCACUCGUCUGAGAUGCUAUGUGCGUUACUUGACUGAUGUACUCGCGAUUGCACCGAAACAAAAUGAUGCCUCAGUUUUACUGGACGGCAUCAAUCAGGCGCACCCAUCAAUCAAACUUACGCUGAAAGGUGAGCAGUUCGGAUAGUUCGCCUUUCUGGGUGUGCUUUUUGAGUGGAAGAUCUGACGAUAGUGUUCGACGUAGCGUCUAUCGUAAGAAGACGUGGCCCGCACAAUAGACCAGUUUUGAGAGUUUCGUACUGUUUAACCUGAAGCGUAAUUUAGUCCGCUGUUUGACCCAAAAAGUAAGGAGAAUUUGUUCGACUAAUAGCAUUGGGAUAAAACUGAAGAUUGUCGAGGAUCUCCUUCGUCAAAACGGGUACCCCGAUUGAUUCAGUGCCAAGUGCAUGACCGAAAGACCACCGAAGCCUCCGACGCUUACGGCAGAUAAGAAAAAGCUUCCUACCAGAUUUCCGUUUCGAGGGGACGCGCCGUUUGAACUUCUGAGAAGGUGCCUAACUCAAGCUGUACCACGCACGUAUCCGGCAGCUGACGCCUGUGUGCUCCACCGCUAGUCCCAUUCUAUGCGGAGGGGUCAAGGACAAACUACCAGCCCAGACUACCUCUAUAUAUAUAUAUAUAUAUAUAUAUAUAUAUAUAUAUAUAUAUAUAUAUAUAUUACUCCUUCACCUGCUCCUAUGGAGCAGGACGUAUUGAUCGCGCGAGACGGCGUUUGUCUAAAAGAAUAAGAGGACACCUUCCAGCAUGGUUAGGAAAGGGCCAGAUAAAGAACGUUAACGGCUAUAUCCUCUUGCAGACACAGACCACCGUGUGGAUGCCGGACAGGGCUUCCGAGUGAUUCACAAGGUUCCGUCAAGCUAUCCCAAAUCACUUGAACAGCGUCUGUUAGCAACUGCAUAGGCGGAUGCAAUCAGGUUACGCAAAGCAGUCCUAUGUGCGCAGAAGAAUUUCGUACAGACCCCACACUGGCUAGCCAGCCAACCUCGCGCACACAAUUACCCGUCCCAGUGCUUAUCAUUCCCCUACCCCCCCCCCGAUACUGACGGUAAUUUUGUCUUUCACUUCACCCCCCCCCAAACCCCAACCACAGAAUAACUUAUACUUCCCCACACUUUCUUAUUUAUCAUUUCCGUAACAAUAUAAAUGUACAGGCCUGGAGGGAAGUUAUCGAAAGCAAACGUAUGCUCGCCAAAUUGCCUUUACAAUGUAGUAGUUUGCUAGGCAACCUACCCUCAUCAGAAUUUUUUAUAACUUGGCGGUCUCCUUUGUGCGAAUAGGAAAUUUCGAGAAGACGCAUUAUUCUUGCGAUCUUUUACAGGAAGGGAUACUUUUAUUCAUUUUUUUUUCAUAAGGUGUGCCAAAGUUUAUAAUGGCGCAGGAAAUCGAUGUGACAAAUUCGUGCUGCUUGCCGUAGAGGUGGUAGCCUGAAAUGCCAUCAUUUUUACAAGAAAACCCCUUUAAUGCUAAAUACGCCCUCGCCCAUCAACCAUAGUCGUUCAGAAACAAAGAAAGGACCGUUUUUUUAAAAGAGGGCACCGUUUGAUUUGUAAAUCACUAUUUGCUGGUAUAAAAAACAUCAGUCUUUACUGACAGGUCGAAUUUAGUUAGAUGACCAUAUUGCAAAUCAAUUAAAUAAGUCUGACUAUAAGGGCACAUGAGGAAGAGAGCGAAUAAAGUGAGGAAAUGAUUAGUAAAAUAAUAAGAAAUCCGAAAAGCAAUGCCUUGUUGACCGUCGGUCUGCUCUUAACAGAGUAAACGUUUCCCCCAACAUACGUGUACACAGGUUGUCUUUAGUAAUUUGUUCAGUCUGAUUUUCUGGUAUAACAACCCUUUCUUGGAUCGGAAGCCUCUUUUUGACUUGUGCAAAGAUUUUUGGUAGGAUUACGAUCCAGGCUGUUGACAAGAAUAAAAGUUAACUGGAGGUCACAUGCGGAGAGGCUGGUUGUUGUCUAAGAAGUUUCCUUAUAUUUGCAAGUAUUAUGUGAUUCAUGCCCCUUUACUAGAGCAUUGUCGUGUAAAAUUAUGAUUUGCAUUGCACAGGCCACUCUGCUAUGAUCUCAGAUGGUCGAGAUAAUCAAAUUGUCAAUAUUUGCAAAGAAAGUCCACUAAUGAAUGACUAAAGGGGACCCACUAUGUGUUCGUAAUGGAAUGAGUUUUCUGCGAAAACUAAAAUUGUUUUCAGCACUGCGUACAACAUUGUACACUAAAUGUCGUAGUCGACAACAUGUUUUAGCUGCACCUGUGAAAAACUCCCCAAAACGCAAAAAACUUAGUUCCAGCAUAGCACAUAGUGUGUGUGUAAACCACCCAGGAUAGAACAGAAUAGCUACGUCAUGGCCAACCAAACAAGUGUUUUGGUAACAGGGAGCGAGUAGUCAGGUCAUUUGGGUCAAAAUGUGAAGUUAAGCACAAAUAGGCGCUACUUCAUGCCAAUGAAGCGGCGAAUGGGGCUUGCUGAGGAUGGCAAGCACAUAAUUUUGCACUGCGAAAACCAGUGUGGCGCAUCGCACUGUAGCCAAAGGCACCCUCUAAGACCGCUAGGACCACGUAACAACGGGUUAGAGUGGAUGGGGGAAGAUUAGAUGUAGCAUGUUUGCGCUUACAGUUAGUACAGAAAAUCCGAAAAAAUUAAGUCACUCUGUAUGAUCCACAAACUGGUGAAAAUAUAUCCAGCUUUACACGUUUUCAUCUACUUAACUACAUAUUAUUACUCAGCUCACUUGCAGUGCUCACUUGUGUCGUUUCAGUUUUUCAUGCUAGCCGUUCACCGGUUAUUAUUUCCUGGCAGAUAAUUUGACUUUUAAAAAUUACGACAGUUUGUUCAAACAAGGUUAGUCCCCAAGCUCCGGGAUUGUUUCUUAGAAUUGUACAAGAGGACUUUAAGACAGUCCACCACCUGGAAUGAUAAGUGGGAUGCGCUUUCGGCGCGAAUGCAGAAGGGGAACUUCUGGCUCUUCACUAGAGUCAUUUUUUUCAAUCUGUAAUUACCCAUAGUUUUAACUGCUUUAAUAAGCUUUUCAAACCGUUGAUUUUGCAGCUUUCUGACCGCCCCCACUUCAGCGUAUGCCCCAGGUGUGCGAUUUUUGGGAAUUUCUUUAUCUCCGUCCUUUUGUUCUUGAGAAAGCUCAUUGUCCAAAUGCUCUGUGGACUGGUUCCAACUUGCGCUGCUUUACAUGUUCUAUAGCAAGCAUGCAUCUCCGCAUCCUUUUAUGAAAUUUUGUAGUAAAUUACAUCCUCCUCCAAAUUCCUCUCCAAAUAAGGUGUACCUUUCAGUUUAAAAGAUUCUUUUAAAUUCUCGAAUAAUUCUAAAUCCCACCUAUCGCUGCACCUUAGUUUAGGACUUCGAAACUCCAACCUCUGUACUUUCAGCCUAGAGAAAAUCGUGCAUUCCCCUGCGCUAUUAAGAAGGUACCAUGUAGUGCUCAUAAUACUUUUCGAACGCAUUAAAAUGGGCGGAUAUAAUGCUACUUGACCAAACAUCUCGCAAUCCUGGGAAAUCCCUUUACAAACUGUCUGGUCAGCCGAUACACUAGAUCGACACGUACUACUACCAUCUGACUAGAUAUCUCCGAUCUUAGCCGUCAUGGCGUGAAACCAUAAUGCGUCUGGCCUGUUGUACUCCCAGCGAUCUGCUUACGUAUGUAUAAGGUUGUCGUGUGAUUUUGAAUUUGCGUGGGCUCAGGCGUCUGCCAAGCUCCUUGGUUCUGGGGUAUCACCGACUUGUGAUGACAAAGAAACCAACGUACUCAGAGGUCUGGCUCUUGCGGUUUUACGAUACCUGUACAAACUACUCAUACAUGCUAGUAAGUCCGAUUUAUAAGCAUUACUUUCACCAAAUUUGUUAGGCAUAGCGUUUGUACUGACAGUUAGAUACGUUGACGCUCAAAUCUAAAAAGACAGACCUGUUAGUGAAAUAACAAAAGAAACUAAUGACUUUUGCGAGCUAAAAUUUCGUCUCCCUUUAUCAUCUCAAGAAUGUUCCUGGCCUUCCGCAAUCAGGUCAUUUUUUGGGCAAAAUGUACAAACAAGUUUUCAUCCCUAAUUGAAUGUGAGGGUUUAGAGAUUUCUAACUUGUCUCUACCACUUUUUAUCCUUCUUACUAGGUAGUCGGAAUUUGCAUUAAUAGGUGGAGCCGUAUCUAAGCAGUCAGUAAAUCUUAACCUCUUACAUCAGCACACUGACGCAAAGGAUUGCCUAACAUUUUGAUACACCAGUUGGACUCCUGGGUGUUUGUGACCAACUAUUGGCAAUGGUCUGAGCUCAACGAGGCAGCGACCGCACCCUAAACCUCGACUUGUCCAUCCAAUAGGCAGUCUUCUAGACUACGAACGUUAGCGCUUUUGGAUAACUUGGAAUCGCCUUUUGUCGUUUUUGGUGAGGAUCGACUUCGCUCCUUCUUCCUUCUGCCAUCCAGCAGUGUCCUCUCCCAGUAA